AUGCAGUCAGGCGAAGCAUGUGUCCCGGAGCUUUUGGUGGACCCCUGCGUCGAGUAUAGCACCGCUUUGCAACUCACUUGCCCACAAAACAACGUCGACUUGCCCCUGUGCUGCAGGGGUGCAGGGGUCGGUCCCAGGGUCCAGGAGGUUUGA